AUGGCGGUCGAUUACGUAAUCGGUCAUUAUUAUGAUGUUAUAUUCAGCAGGUUUGUGACCCUGGAAUUAGUUUUUGAAUUUUUUUGUGAUGAAAUUUUUAUGUUUAAUAAAUAAGUUAUUAAUUAUAAAUACAGCAGAAAUAACAACGUAAAAGGUAAUGAGAGCAAGCGCUACAGAUUCACCGUCUCAAAACGUUCCCCGAACGCCACUGCUUCGAGGGAAUUCAGUGUUUACAAGACACAAUUCCUCGCCUUACUGGAACACACCAGCUCUUAGCGAUCAUACAGAACAUCUUCUUGAUCAAAAUGUGCCUCGUACACCAGUUUCAACGACAUUGCUACGUAACCGUCUUACCCCUAUCUGUUCCAGAACUCAUGAACUGUUAACUCCAGGUCGAACACCAGCUUCGGUCGUACCGAACCUAAUUACUCCUGUUAGAAAAGAAAGUGUCGUAAUAAAGGGCAAAUAUGAAGUUAGCAACACAGCAGUUAGCCAAGAACGUUUCCAACAAGUUCCCGAGGUAGCCAACGUUAAUAAUAAACAGGAUGAAUCAUUGCAUUCCAAGAAGAGUGUGAGAAAUAGGGACAGAGAGGAUGACAGUGACUUGAAUGAGUGUGAAAAUACCGUCGAAUUUUGUCUCUUCGAUACGAAAGAUGAUACUAUUUGGGGAUGAGAGUUAAAAUAAUACGCUUGAAACCGAAAGAAACGGAACGACAUCUUCUUUAUUAUGGUUUAUUUGAAUGCAAAAAACAAAGUCAGUAAAUUUCUUACCAGUUUGGUGUGGGACUGGUAAGAUGAAGUAAAAGCAAAUCAAAAAAUAGAAAACACAUUUUGGCAUGUUCUUCUGUACUUUUAAAAUUUUUCGUUUUUUAUUUUAACCUUAAUAUUUAUUAUUUUUCUCUUCACAAUGCGGCAGUGCUGCACAUGUAUUACGUCUGUGUACAAAUUGAAACUAAUUUGAAAAAUUGUAAAUAUUAUCUUGUCUUCCAAACCAAGUUUCGU